AUGACUUUAGGAAUAGCUCUAACCAUAGUGUUUUUACUGAAUUUAUGUCAAACAAAGCAUGUUUGCAAAGUCCCCAGAGCUUCACCAGUAAUUCAUGCUACGUCAUAUGAUUCCCUAUCAAAACGGAGCACAGUCAACACUCAGUUGAAAUUUUCCAUCGUAUACACAUCGGGAUUUCAGAAUAAUACUCUGUUUGAACAGAUAAAGACAAAAAUUGUUUUGCCUGCGCUUACGUACUGGGAAAAAUCAUUAGGUGUGAAGAAGAUUGCUUCAGACAAUGUCAUACUUGAGAGACAAUGUUUGGAUGGGCAAACGUCAUAUGUAAAAUGGCCAAAUGGUACAAUUGGUAUAUAUUGCAAUAAAGGUUGUGAAAAUAUCACUAGAUGUUUCACAGAACCCAUACCUGAUAACUAUCUUAAUGGAUGUAAAACGUUUGUUGCGAAUAAGCCUAGUAUACAAGGUUCAAGAGGAUCAGGAAUACCACCAAACGGUUAUUUGGUUUUUGUGGAUGCUUCAGCAACUGAACCAUGUCAAAGUGAAGAUUUGUUGGCUUAUGCACUGGCGUGUCAACUGGAGUUUGGUACUGACAGGCCAGUGGCAGGUUACGUUAAUAUGUGUCCAACUCAACUGUCAAUAAAGCCAGAAGACGUUCGUUCAAGUAUUUCUACUUUCAUUCAUGAAAUGGCACACGCUUUGGGAUUUUCAAGUACAUCAUAUGCAUUUCUACGUGAAGAAGAUGGUACACCACGUACACCUAGAGACCCUCAAACUAACUUACCUGCGCUUGGUCAAGAUUCGGACUAUAUUUAUCUAGCCAGUAAAUCGACUGUUACAAAGGUUCAGCGAAUCUGGGUUUCUGCAGUCUCCACAACUAUACGAACUAUAGAUGUUUUUGUGCUUCCAAGUGUAUUGGCAGAGGCUAGAGCUCACUAUAACUGUCCUACAAUGGAUGGAAUGGAUUUAGAAAAUGAUGGAGGAUCUGGAACAGCUUUUGUUCACUUUGAAAAAAGAAUCACUGAAGAUGAACUCAUGUCAGGAAGUUAUUCAAAAGAUUCUUACGUGUCUUCUUUAACGUUGGCCUACUUCAAAGAUACCGGGUGGUAUAAUGUAAAUAUGUCUAUGGCCCAAAAUUGGAGGUUCGGUAAAAACUGGGGAUGUGAAUUUGUUCAACUGAGUUGCUACGAAUACAUGAAAAUACAAGUGGCAAAAAAUAAUCCUAUCACCCCUUAUUGCAAUAAGCUUUCAAGCACUGAUGUAAAAUGCUUAGUUUACGACGAUGCCUUCGGCUCCUGUGACCUUCAGCGCCAAAAAGAAAAAGUACCUGGGGAAAAUCAAUAUUUUACCAGUAUAGAUGGUGUUUCUGCUUCUGACUUACCAUAUUAUGCAGGUGGACCUUCAUUAAGUGACCGCUGUCCAAUACACAGGCCAUUUGAACCAGUAACGGGAUAUAAAUAUACAUCAUAUUGUCGUCAUACUGAAAAUCAAGAUACCAUUGAUUCGCAAAACAAUUAUGCUUUACAGUAUUUUGGUCAAGAUUCAAUAUGUGUUAAUCAUGAUACAUACGCACCAUGGAUCAGUAUUGUAGGGGGAUUUUACAGAGAUAUAUCUUUUCCUUACGCAAGUUGUCAUAAAUACAAUUGUUCAAGUGUUGGUAUUGAAUUACUUGUUGGACAACAAGUUACAAAAUGUUCUGAUGGAGAAUCUAUUCCAAUAAAUGCUUACGGUAAUAACAUUAAUGCCAGAGGAUUAGUACUAUGUCCAACUUGUAACGCAGCUUGCAGUGUUUGUUCCUACACAUCUAUUGUAAGCAACCGAACCAAUUCAGCAGUUCAUACUACCAGUAAUAACAAUAUAUUACUUAUUCAUUGGAUUAUGUUUACUAGACGAGACGUUUUGCAACCCUCAAAACCACCUCUCCGUCGGAAACGUGCGUUGUCGUUCGCUGGAUACUCCGAGCUCCCCAAAAUUUCCAACAAUGUUAAUUUUGGGCAGUUACCUACUGCCUUCCGAAUUCGCCAUCCAUCGUCCGUUUAUCCUGAUGGUGGUCCAGCUCUUGAUCAAGUUUUCGGGGGUUUUUCACAGAAGUUAAACAAUGAAGAAAUUGGAUUUUCAGCGUCUAAAGAUUUAUCAGAUAUCAAAGAUUUUGGAAUAAGAGGUUGUGAUUUACGCUCAAGAAAGUCCUCAGUCGCUACAGUUGUAGACCAUCCACUACAUAGUUGUAUAUCGACUCCCGAAAUUUACCCUAAAGUACCAAGUUCCUGUUCUGGUUCAGUAGCCAAACUGUCUCAGCCACUUAAUUUAUCAUCCUUUAGCUGUUCAGAUUAUGUUCUUCCUGAUAGUCUAUUAUCUUCGAAUCUUGUUAAACUCUACCUUGCCAAGGUUGCCACAUCAAAGCCUGUUGAAUAUACAUGCCCAAAUAAUUCCUCUCGAUCGAAAUCUCCUCAGACUUCUACACAGGGUGGUCAUCGCUUACCAGAAUGUUUACAAAUUCACCCACUCACUCUGGCUUCUAUGGUUAUGCCAGUAAACCAGAUAAUCCGAGCACAUGCUAGCCAGAAUAAAUCUGAAAUGAAAAAAUCGGACGAACUUGCAAAUUCAUCGAACGUUUAUUUGAAUGGUCGAAAUGCCGUAACGGAUGCAAGCUAUUCUAGUGAAUUCAGUGAUGGUGAAUCGUGGGGACGUCCACCUGUCUGUGAUCAUACUAACACUGGAUAUCUUUCAGAUAAUCACCUUAUAGAAGCUGUUUCUGAAGCAAAAAUGCUCAACAUGAGUAAACAACAACUAGAUAUGCGCCUAAGUAUCCGACCUGGUUCUAAGAUUAUCUCCUCUAGUCGCACACAAACAAAUUCAAGGGAGAAUUUAAAUCGUAAUUACUUAACACCGAAAUUUGAAUUCACUCACGUUUAUGAUGGCCUAAAAACAUCAUCAAAUGCAUUUCCAAAUGCAAAUAAAUCAUUUUCUAAUUUUCUGCAUAAUUCUAAUUUAAAUUUAAACUUCACUGACGAUGAUUUCAGUGAUGUAAAGUCAUCUGUUUGUUAUUCAGUUCCUGGUUCACCCAAUAUUAAUUCAAAAUGUUCUCACUUAACAAGACAGAGUAACUCAAGUGAAUUCAACGACGCUCCUCAUCAUAUAACUAAUAAUCCAACCGCCAUCAAUAAUAAUAACAAUAAUAGUAGAAAUAUUCGAACAAAGCGAUUUGAACGUUUGCGUGAUUUUUGGGCACUUUUAAAAAUGAUAAUCUCUCUAAUACAGAUGAAGAUGAUCAUUACUUUUACAUGGAUCCAAAAUCUGUAGAACGUAGAAUGAAAUGUCAAGCAUCAAAUAUAAUUCUACCAGUAUCUUUUUGAUUCACUUUUUUUAAUUUUGAAAGUUUCCUCUUGUCAUUACUUCGUAUUUUCACUAAAUCAUCCGUCACUAUUACAAUUCUUUUUCUAAUUGUAUUUGCA